AUGGCAAACAACGGUGAGGCUGACGAUAUGGAGUCGAAUGCCGCGAGUCGAAUAGCGGCGAGGAGAAGGGAGCGUGCCGCUGCAUCGGGGUCGGGGGAAGGAGGCGAGGAAGGGGCUGCUGGCGGAGCGAGUGGAGGCAGACCAGAGAGAAAGAAGAGGGAAAAGAAGGGAGGAGCUGGAGGAGGAGGAGGAGCGAAAGGCGGAAAGGGUGGAAGAUUCGGGAAGAAGAGGGAGAAACGUAGAGGAACGGGUAUCGUGGUUUUAGAUGAUGAAGAAGGAGGAGACGGUGGACAGGAGGGCGGACAAGAAGCUAACGGUGCUAGUCAUAAUGGAAAUGAUCACGCGGGUGAAUGA